AUGUCAGGCCCGGGUUCGGAAGGCUCCGAUGGUCGCUCAAUGCAGUCGCGCACCGGUCGGAACAAGCAGCGCUACAGCGCCAAGGGAGAGCGUCUGGUUGCGGGAGUCGUCCCGCUCAGUCCGGACCAGAACUACGUCCUAUUGAUCCAGUCGACGCGGCGCAAGGGUUGGGUCUUGCCCAAGGGAGGCUGGGAAACGGACGAGUCGUGCCAGGAAGCCGCCACGCGUGAGGCCUGGGAGGAGGCCGGUAUCACCAUCAACAUCGACUACGACCUGGGCACAAUUGACGAGAAGCGACCGCCCAAGUCAACCAAGGACCGAGCCCGCUACUCCUUUUACCAGGCUACCGUACUGAGCGAGGUCGACGACUGGCCGGAGAGGCACAAGCGGGAGCGGCAGUGGUUCACACAUGCUCAGGCCCACGAGGCUCUGGCCGCGAGGCCCGAACUGCAGGAGGCCUUGCAGCGUUCCACCAUCAAUCAGCUAUAG